AAUUUGUUGUACACUUACUGGCGCGUCACGCGCAAACGAGAUAACACACAGCCGCACUCCCGACACGCCGGGUGAUUCACUAAGUUUUAUUUGACUACUGUUCACCGACAUGACAUGACGACGGUCCGGUUAGAGAUCUCUCCCGCACACAAGCGGUUUGUGUUGAAUUGGGUAUGAUCGAACGCACACUGGCAGCACCACGGAACCUCAAGUUGAAGCGUAUGAAUUAUUCAUUUCGUCUCGUUUAGGCGUGCGCGCUCGCGCGCCUAAACUACAUUUCGAUUCGGGUCCGGUCCAGUCGCAAUUAAAUCAUUCAAUCUAUCGGGUGUUCGCGAAUUCCGUGUUUCUGUUUCGGUCGAUAUUUGAUUUGUUAUACGGGGAAGUGAAUCUAGGCAAAUAAUGGCAGGAAUGUCGAGGGAGGAGUUCGAGGAGUUGUUGUACUAUGUGGUGGAGUUGAAAGAUAAACUGAACGCCAAGUUGGACGAGCAAUGUGGCAAGAUAAAUCAGCAAGGGUCGAUCAUCAACCAGCAUGGGCAGAUUGUGGACGAGCUUUGUUGGCAGCUGAGAGAGCUCAGUGAGAAGGUUCGGGACGUUCGGUUGGAAAACCGGAAGCUCAAAGAACAACUGGGGCAACUGUGCCCCAAGUGCCGGAACUGUCACUGUGAUAGCGAAGUCUACGAGAACCAUGUAGCGGAUAAAUACCACGAGAUAGUCAAGGAUAGCAGCACCAUAGAUCGUAAAAUUUCCAAACUUGACGCCAAGGUCAAUCAACGGUUAGGCGGAGGCGGUACAGAAUCUUCCACAAACGAUAGCUCGAAAACGGUGAUCUACACUGAGGUGCAGAAAAAAGCUGAUGUCACCGAAUCUCCUGCUGAGAAAACACGACCGGCCACAGCAACAACUCCCUCCAAGAAGAAGUGGUUCUUUGGUGGUUCCCUUGAUCGGAAGAGCGCGAAAACAGACGAAUCUCACAAAACCACCACCAGCAACACCAUCUGGUAUCUGGAUCAGGAAACCAUCUACGAGCCGAUUGAGCUGUCCGCCAAACCGAGCACCCGCGCCCAGUUGGAAAAAAUAAGUGCCGAAGUGUCGUCCUCUACAAAAAUUCCCCCUAAACCGGCACCUCGAAGAUUCGUUUUCCCGUCCCCCCCGCCAAUCAACGAUUUAGUGGAGUACUUCCAACCCAUGGACUGCAUCAGCCGGGCGACCAGCUCCGAUGAUGAGUACGACGUUCCGCUGCGGAUCCGGCCUUUUCGGACCCUGGGGGACCUCAACGGGCAUCGGGGCAGCAGCAAGGUAGCCUGCAGUCAAAUUUCGGAUGUCGACUUAUCCUACCUCCCCGAGGAAGAAACCAUCAGCACGGAAAACGUUGUCCAUUUCACCAUCAGCAGUCGACCGGCAACGGCACUACCCUACCAGAGAAGGCCGGACGAAACUGGAAGCUCCGGAACUGACACCCGUCGCCACGCCAUACGAUCCAUUGUGUGAUAGUUGUUAUUUGCUUACUAAUUUAGCGUUAGUUAUGUUUUGAAUUUAAAAUUUAGGAAUAUUGUUGUU